AUGUCAAAACCUCUUCCAACUGUUCCAUCCAUGACUGUCGGUUCAUCCACAGCAACAAGUCCAGGAUCAUCCAUUUUGAUGGAUCAAUAUCAAGAGUCCUUGAAACGUGAUGAGUACUUGAAAAGUCAAUCCUACACUUCUUCCGAUGAUGAAGAUGAUGAUCAGACUUUGAAUGAUUUCACUCAUUCCGAUGAAAUAUGGAAUCAACCUCCUCCUUCCGAGCACGAUGUAGCAAAAAGAUCUUUAUCCAAAACGAUGAUGAUGACAGCAACAACAACCACUACUGACGAUUACAGUAAUUAUAAAAACAACAACAACAAAACUCGUUUCGUCCUAUCCAUCGAUGGUGGUGGUAUUCGUGGAAUCAUUCCAGGUUCCAUCUUGGCUUCUCUCGAAAAGGAAAUCAUUCAAGAAAUUGUCAAACAUUUCGAUCAAUUAGGUGAAAAACCUCCUGUUCAUAAUUUUGCAUUAACUUCUUGUUUUGAUUUAAUUGCAGGAACAAGUACAGGAGGAAUUAUUGCAUUGGGAUCUGGAAUUUCACCUACAAAUUCGAGAUUUAAUUUUAAAUAUAAUGCAAGUGAUUUGGGAGAUUUGUACACAAAUAAUGGUUCUCUCAUUUUCUCAAAAGAAAACAAACACAACAAAUUGAGAGAAUUUUUAACAUCUUCAAGAUAUGACCCCAGUGGAUUGGAAAGUGUCUUGACACAAUAUUUUGGUAGUUACAAAUUGAGUGAUCUUGUCAUUCCUGUUCUCGUCACAAGUUUUGAUUUGAAUAGACAAGAACUCGUUGUGUUUGACAGUGAAAAAGCAAAACCUCAAGGAGAAUUAACACAAAGACAAUUACCUUCUGAUUAUUAUUUACGAGAUAUUGCAUUGGCAACAUCUGCUGCUCCAACGUUUUUCCCAAUUCGAACCAUUGAAUCCAUUACUGAUCCAAGUGACAAGCAUGAUUAUAUUGAUGGAGCUGUCACGGCCAAUAAUCCAACCAUGCUUGCUUAUUUGAAAGCGAAAAAACUCUAUCCUGGUGACAAUAUUUAUGUCAUUUCAUUGGGAUGUGGUUAUGAGAAUAUUGAACGACCUGUUUUAGAAGGAAAGUUAGAAUGGGCAAAAACGAUCAGUUCUCUCAUGAUUACAGGUGCUUCUAACUUGACAGAAUCAUUAAUGCAACAAAUGGUUGAAUUGUCACCCAAUGACAGAUAUUGGAGAAUUGAUGUCAAGUUAGAUCAAUGUUACUUGGAUGUCACAUCUGAAGAUUUUUUGAAGAGUCUGAAAAUUAUUGGAACGAGUUUGAGAACCAAUGAUGAUCAUGCUUACAAAACCAUUCGAGAUACCAUUAUUGAUUUUUAUGCAUCGAAGGGAUAUUAUACUUGUUUUCGACUUGUUGAAGAAAUUGAACAGCAAUUGGAGAGUCCAAAACUUCGAAAAGAUGGUCACAUCGAAUUGAUUUAA